UGUUACGGAACCUGUUCCUUGUCCAGAUGCAUUGGCAACUUUUGGCUCUCUUCUCCCUUGUUUGUCAGACGCUUAUAUUGACGUUAGCUGCGAGAAAACGAAGUGAGAGCUGGCGACAGGACUGCAGGAGCUGCCUGGAGUGUUCGAAGGAAAAUGGCUGCCUGCGCUGUUCUGAGCGCCUCUUCCUGUUCCUGAACAGAGAUGGCAUGAGCCACCACGGCUCUUGUGUUCACUCCUGUCCCUCCGGACACUUCGGCCUCCGAAGCAAAGAUCUCAACCGCUGCAUGAAAUGCAAAGCUCCGGAGUGUGAGAGGUGUUUCAACAAAGACUUCUGCACCAAGUGCAAGGGAGGAUAUCUGCUCUUCAAAGGCAAAUGCUUCAAAAACUGUCCAGAGGGCACAUUUCCUCAGUCCACAGACUGCGUUGAAGGAUGUGUGCUCGGUAUCUUUGGGUUUUGGGGUGAAUGGAGCCCAUGCCAGCAAAACGGUCUGAGCUGUGGUGUCAGAUGGGGGCAGCAGAGCAGGACCCGUGAGUUGUCCAGAAACAUGCCUGGAGAGACAGAAGCGCUCUGCCCGCCUCAGACUGAGAGCAGAAAGUGCAGGAUGAAUAAAAAAGGUCCAAAAGAAAAAAGGAAAAAUGUAAGGAGAGAAGAAAGAAGAAAGACACAGAAACUGCUGAAGCUCUUUGGAAACAAAACUGUCACAGAACUUCCAUGA